CGAGGCAAAACAACAUGAGUCGCUCUCGAUUCGCGUCGUCCUUUGACUCUUGUGCCACUACAAUAUUAUCAUGUUUGAGAAAUAAAACUACUAUAAUUCUUAUCAUAAAUAAAUGAAUUGCAUUUAAAGAAUAGAUACAAUACAUAUAUACAAUGUCUUUCAAUCGAGGAAUAAAACGUGAUUCCUUUGGGAAUCGAAACUUUAAUAAUCGAGGAGGUAGUGGUGGUGGAGGUGGCGGAGGAAGGGUUGGAAAUAUGGGAGGAAGCGGUGGAGGUAUGGGUGGCAACAUGAGUGGUGGAAUGGGAGGGGGUGGAGGAGGUGGUGGAGGCGGAGGUAGCGGUGGAAGUGGUGGAAUGAAUCCUUGGGAAGGAGGAAUGAUGCCUGGCAGAGGAAUUUUACCAACACCUAAUAAUAAUUUAUCUUUAGCAUCGCCACAAGCACAACUAGCAAUAGCUAGCAAUCUCCUUUCAAACUUACUUCGCAGUCAGCAAGAAGUACAACCACAGCAGGUACCAUCACUUCUCAGCCUUGGAAAUAACUUUAGUGGACCAGGACCUAACUUUCCAAAUCAGCAGAACUUUUCUUCUGGGCGUUUUAAUGAUCGUCCUGUUAGGCAUCCUAUGAAGAAUCAACGACCACAACCAUAUAACAAGAUGGGCAAUCGCGCCCGUGAUGGCCCUGCUGGGCGACGUGGUCCAUCUGCACAACAAUCUCGUGCACCCCAGUCUGGCAAUCAGCGUAUGAAUGGAAACCAAACUCAACAUCACAACGAUAAAUCUUCUAAACCAAUUCCUGCCUCUAAACAAAAUCAGACUGCCAAAAAGGAACAGCAGGACGUUAAGACCUCUGAUAAUGAAAAAACAGAAGCACCUGCUGUAACAAGUGGAGUGAAUGAAGAAUCUGAUGACAAGAAAGCUGAUCGGAAGGAUAUUAAAAAGGAAUCCGAAGAUGUUCAAGUUUUAGAGACUGAGGAAACAGAAGAAAAGCCUCAAGAUGAUGAAGAACAAAAGCCAGACAAAUCUGCAACGGAAGAAACACCAUCGAAGGAAGCAAAUACAUCUACAACGGAGAAGGAUUCAAAAUUGACAGGCAAAAAAUCAGAAGCAAGACACGCUGAAAGUCGUUAUGCAGAGGUUCCAAUGAGUCAUAUGUUCUGUCACAUUUGUAACAAACAUAUGUGGGAUGGAUAUUCUUUCGAAAAUCACUUACGCGGGCGAGCACAUCAGUUGAUGAUGGAAAAGUUAGAUGAAUCAUAUAAAUUAAAGGUUGAUCUCAUGCGGCACGAAUUAAGAGUAGCGGAAGAACAACGCGAACUUAGUCUGACUAAUUCGAAACGUCGUGGUAAGAAAGUGUCUGUAGAUUUGAAUGUACGUGAAUAUUGCACAAUGUGUGACUUGAAUUUUUACGGAACAUUAUCCACGCAUAGAAAGAGUGAGAAACAUCAACAGCUAAAAACAUUUUUGCAUCCAAGAUGUUUCCCAUGUUUGAAAGAAUUUCCAUCGCGUAUUGAAUAUGAUGAACAUUGUUUAACACCGGGACACAUGAAGAAAGCUGUGCAGUGUGAAGAACAACGAAAAAAUAAAAAGAAAGAAAAACUUGCAAAAGGAGAAUCUGAAGUGCGUACUGCAGAAGAUGAAGAAAAAGACGUUGGUUCUGACAAUAAAAAUGAAAAGGAGGAAGAUACUACUAUAGAAGAACAGGAAUAUAUUACGGAUAUUGUUGAGAAUUUGAAUGAAAAGAAAUUCAAAAUUCCAUCUUAUAAAUAUUGUCGACAAAAUCAAGUUUCCAUUGGAAAAUCUAUGGUGAAAGAAGUUCAAGGAUUUUAUUGUGAAAAAUGUAGAAGAUUCAUGCUGUUAGCUGAAGAUAUGAAUGCUCAUUUACGUAGUAUUACUCAUUACCGAAAUUUCGUACAAGAAGUAAAGGCUUUAACUUCGAGUACGGAGACUACAGAACAAAAAUCAACAGAAAAACUUGAGACUAACGAUGAUGCUCAAGAAAAUGACAAGGAAUAUGACGGGAGCUGGAAACGUCGUAAAAUAGUACAUUCUGAAGACGAGAAUAAUGUGGAAAUGAAGGAAGCACAAGAAAACAAUGUUGAAAAUGCAAAUGCUCAAAAGAAAACUGACGGAGAUGAAAAGUAUGAUCCGCUUGAAGCUGAUGCAGAAUCUGAGGAAGAAGAAACUCGCGAAGCGGAAAAAAGCGACAAACAGCCUUCGCAAAAUACUGUUAAUACUCCAGAAAAGAAGACACCAGUUGAUAAAAUAUGGGCCGAUAUCGAUAAUGAUAAUGAGGCGGAAAUAGGUAAUUUAAUUGAUAAUGAAGAUGAAAAAGAACAGGUUGAUCAUGAAAAAUCCAUUCAGAAGUUAGAUAGAGAUCUAAAUCCGCAAGUGAAACUAACACGUGGUCGAGGUUUUCCUCGUGGACGCGGUACUCCUAGAGCACGAAGGGCUCGACGAUAAAGUGAUCUCUAUCGUAAAUUAGAGUAAGCUUGAGUAUAUUUCAUAAUUACGUCCCUUAAUAUAUCUACUGUUAGGUUUCAUUUAUUUACUCGAUAUAUUCAAGACGUCAAUGUUUAAAUAAUUUGGUUUAUUACGUCUUUUGACAGAAUGAAAGAAAUCAUUAUAAUCAAAUGUUUGAUUAUCGUUUUACAUGUAUAAAUUGUAUCUUUUUAUGUAUCUUGUAUGAAUAUAUAUAUUAUAUACUAUAUAUAUUCAUAAUAUACCAAUAUAAAUAUUGAUUUGCCCAAGCUAAUUCAAAGCUUUCUAAUUACACAUUAUCACUCACAGAGAACUGUACUAUGUACGAUUGUUAAAGAAAAUAAUGCAUUUUCGAAGUAUGGAGGAGAAAUAAACAGAUAUGCUUUUGCGUAUUGA